UAAAACAAAUCUACUGCAUGCGUCGUCUAGAUUUGCGUGCAUGGAGGGAAAUCCCCUUCCUAUCCUCGACCAAGAAGUUACUAGCCUCGACAUAACUCGUACUCGGAGGGAUGAGAUAAGCUGAGGGCCUGCCGAACUUGAUACUGCUGAAAUUGAACUCAAACUCUCUAGUUGAUGGAAAAGGAUGCAAAGUCAAGGUGCCGUGUUGUAUACUAAAUUAUAGAAUCUGAUGUUCUAAUAUAAGAUGUCUAGCAACGAGCACAACCCACUUCAGUUAGGAGAAAGAAGUCAUCAGCAACAUCCAGAGCACCAUCACAACAGGCGUGGCCAGGGUUAUCGUCAUAACAACAGAGGUCGUGGAAGGGGUAAUCAGAAAACAAACCCAGAGCAGAGUGAGGUCGAUGCACUCUUCAGCAAAGCAUUCACUUUUCAAAAGACGGAACCCCCAUGGACACUGCCAAAUAAAGAGAAUUUAUUCUUUUCCCCGGAAUCUGCAUCGCCGGAUGACUGGAAUGAAGGUUUGAGCGACCUGAGGUCAAAGUUGAGGUUGACCCAGGAACGCCUUAGCGAUAAGGAGAUCCUGGAGUGGCAUACCCAUACUGGAUCCACACACCGAGGUGGUCUCGUGAUCACGGAGCUGAAGAAACGAUUUCAUAUUGAGCUUGGUACCCAGGCAUGGAGCAAGUUCCAUGAGAUACUGGCUACUAGACAUCUUAUCCCGGAUUCAGCCUUGAACUCUGGUACUCUUCACUCCCUUCAUAUAUGUGAGGCACCAGGAGCUUUCAUCUCUAGCCUCAACCACUACAUCAAAACUCACAAGGACAAGGAGAUUAUUCAGUGGAAGUGGCUGGGAACAAGUCUAAACCCGCACUGUGAGACCAACACAGCCGAUUGCACCAUAGUGGACGAUAGACUCAUUCUCCAGACUCCUGAUUGCUGGUAUUUUGGAGAUGACAACACGGGCGAUGUGAUGAGUGCAGCCAAUUUGGCUGGACUGGAAAGACUAAUUCAGCAGGAGAUGAAUGGAACCGUUCAUCUUGUGACGGCCGAUGGCAGUGUAAACUGUCAGGAUGAUCCUGAACACCAGGAGCACCGAGUCUUUCCGCUUGUCUUCUGCCAGUCCCUUACAGCUCUCAAACUCUUGGCACCAGAGGGCGCUUUCCUCGUCAAGAUGUUCACCAUGUACAAUGCCAAUACAGCGUGCCUUAUGAACCUACUCAAUAUCGCUUUCAAAGAGGUCACCGUUUUGAAGCCAGCCUGUAGUAAAGCAGGUAAUUCUGAGGUGUAUGUCAUGUGCAAAUCAUAUCUCGGCAGAGAUCACUUGCAGCCACAGCUGGACACACUGCUACAACACUUUGGACCCGAUGUUGGAAAGACACCCCUCUUUAGCCCCGCCCACCUUCCCGAGUCCUUUGUGACCCAGCUGGAGAAAUGCAGCCUGAAGUUCACCAACUAUCAGGUGGCGGCCAUCGAAGAGAAUCUGCAGCUUUACCCUAAUAUGGACCCGUCGUCACGGCAACGCAUCGACAGGGUGAGGGCGCAGUGCGUUGAGAUGUUCAUCAAGAGAUGUCGUCUGAGGGUCGCAAGGAAACACCAGAAACUCAUGCCAAAUUAUGGCUCAAAGGCCUGUUCGAUGUUUAAAAAGAACAUGUGGCACCGUCUCCAUGGCAGCCUUGAUGAUAGGGGGGAGGUAGGGCAUCGGUCAUGGAAGGAGCAUCUCCAGUCGAUCCUUAGGGACCUCCAGCAACAAGGAUACAAGGCUGGUCUAGGGGGAGAUAGUCAGAGAGGGUCCAGUCCAAAGAAAAUGCGUAGUUCAGUCUCUGUUUCCGACCAACUGGAUUCUUCAGAACUUGAAGGAGGUGACUCCCACCAGACCAAUGCAGGCGAUGCAAGACUCGGAGGAGGUGGAGAUGGUCUAGGACUAGGAUCAGGACCAGGGCCAGAGAACACUGGUCCAACUAUACAAGCAAUUCAUUGUGACCAGCCAAGCUCUGCUGUGCGUUGUCAUGGGGAUGGCGGCCAUGUUGGAAGGCAUGAAAGUGCAAUGGAGGUCUGUGAUCAUGAACAAAGGACAUUGAAUCCAGUGCAAACGUCAUCGGUGCAAGCAAGUGUUGGUGUAGCGGGGAUCGUGGGGGACGUUGCAGCAAUGGAUGUAGGCUCUCCAGAAACAACUCCAACUAUAAGCACUACUUCCUUACAAGAAUGUGCUUGGUCACACCUUGCCGAAGAUGCUAGUGUUAGGGUCAGUCAUUCAGACUACAGUCGAAUUGCUAAAACAGUAUGUGCUCUCUGUAUUCAUUCGAAGAUGGAGUUAAGUGAAGACCCAAAUGUUGGUGGUGAGAAACAGCAUGUGCUGGAUGGUGCAGUUGGGGGUCAAAGGUCAACUACAAAUGAGACUACAGAGGGCAGGUCAUCUGAAAUAUUCACUGUACAAAUUCCAUGGAUUACACCAGGAAAACAUGAUUUAGAUAGUCUAGGGUCAUGGAAAAUAGUGACAGGUCACCCAGUGAGGGCAGUAUUCAUGUCGCCGUUCUGUCAGAUGCCGUUACUGGAUAAGUGGAGGAGUGUACGGACCAACGCUCAGGUUCUUCAGCAGUCUACUGGACACAAUGUAAAAGGUCAUCCUCAAUGUGACCUUUCACCCCAAAUAUAUGAAGUCAUUGAAGGUCUCCUCUCCAAGCGACCUGUCCCAAGCUCAGGUCAAGAGGAAUCAUGGUGCUGCUCUGGAGUGAACAAACAGGAACUGGACUUGCUCGAUCAGCUGGCAUCCACCCACAACGCAGUCAUUAAAAGCUGCAGAGAUAAUAACCCCAGAGGAGAGAUGUUUGGGGAUAUCCAACACUUGCUUGAAAGGGAGGCUGAUGGAAAGAGAAGAUUCAAGUCUUUUUUCUUCAAGCUGCUCCCAUCAUGCAUUGCCAGAGAGACGGAACCUACUGCGGGUGAACUGGAGACGAAGCAAGAUUUCAUUUCUGCUUGCCUGCUUGCUAUCAAGGAGCUCCAAGCAGGUGGGUCCCUCCACAUAUGGGUGCCUGGUCUGCUCACAAGGUUCUCUGCAUGCAUCGUCUACAUCUUGUCACAGGCCUUUGACCUCCUGACCCUAGUCAGGGGUCAAAGGUCGGAUGUGCUGACUGCACCUCGAGUUCUAAUCAACUGCGCUGGGUUUCAUCCUAACCCUCAGAUAGAACAGAAUUUCCAGAGGGUGUAUGAGAGAAUGAAGGAGCUUCACCAAGGAGGCAGCCAUGAUGUUUUGCGAUUCAUUCCAAUGCUGAGCCUGUUCAAUCCAGACUUUGACAAAGCCAUCACUCGAUUCAAUGAAAACCUGAUACGUGAAGAUCUGCUGCACAUUGUGAAAGCUGAACUUGCCUUACUCGAUGACUCAGACGAUGCAGGUCUUCUCGACAAUAUGUCUUCUGAGAUUGUGUACUGCUAAUUUCCAUUCCACUACAAACAACGGAAUGGGAAAGACUGGGUUAGGCAGACCCCUGCUAGAAAUUCCUAAUUCUUAUAUUCAAAUGUUUGCAGGUAUGGGGUAGUGGCUAGUUGUAAGCAUUGUGGAAUAGGUAUGUCUUUAGAUGGGUUUUGAAAGUGGAUAGCAGGUAAUAAGAGCGAAGAUACUGAGGAAGACUGUUCCACAACCUAGGUGCAGAAGCAGUGAAUUGUUUAUCGCCAAGCAGAGAACUUGUUCAAGGACUCUCAAGAAGAUAUUUACCUGUUGAUCGCAGAUUCGCUCAAGGACUAUUCUGCCCUUCCAUGACAAAACGGCAUUACUGACAUCUCUUUCAAAAUUGAGUUAUUUAGUGUGGGUGACUCAGAACUUCAAGUUCCACAUGUUAAACCAAAAUUCAGGGUUUUAAUAAAACAUCCUGUAAUGGCCUAUUUUGAUAAGUCAACACUGAAUAAAAACGUUAAAACACUUUUAAUAGCAAAUUGAAAUGCAUGUUUCUUCCUAUCUUUAAAGCACUAAAAUGUCAGUUAUGCUGUUUUGUCGAGGAAGGGCAGUAUAAGGGGUUGGCAUGUCUGAAAUAUACAUAGGGGACAGAUCCAUGCAUUGCCUUCUAUGGUAAUAAAUUCAAUUGUAUUCCAUUCUUUGUUUUACAUAAAGCCAGAGUAGUGCAAUAAGUGUAGGGGUUAUGUGGUUGAAUUUUCUGCAUCUUGAAAUAAAAAAACGCUGCAUAUGGUGGUGGUGGUGAUGGUGGUUAUUUUACCUGACUGCUAAGAAAGCAUAAAUGCUUGUAAGUAAGCAACUAGACGGUCGACGGCUUUAGGUCCUCUCAUCAUUCUGAGCAUAUUGUAAUUAGGUUAUUUCAAAUAGGCUGCAAUAGAAUGCAAAGAAGUAGGACCAGUUAAACUUACUUGUUUUACUGAAAGCUUUUUAUAACAUUAAAAUUAAGUUCUAAUCCACACUUGUUUAUUAUUCUGGAUUUAAUUGAUAAUGAUGAUGAUAGCAUUAAUUAUAAUAAUAAUGAGAAGAGUUUCUAUAGCACACUUUUUGAUAUAUUACCACUCAAAUACAAUGUAUGUGCAUGUAGAAAAGGCAUACACACAAUGGGAGCUGAAAUUCCUGACUCACAGCCAGUAUUUUAAAGUCCACUGACAAUUUGUCAGAGCUCGUUAUAGAGCUUUUUAAUCAGUGCUGACAGUUGUCGGUGGACAAAUGUUGAUGAAACACCCAAAAAUUAAUUUGGUUGUAAAUGACAUUCAAUAUACAUGCACCUCUAAUUUUUGUACUAUAUGACGAGCGGUGACACUUUCUCUAACAUUUCCUAGGCAACCUCAUUUUCUAUUGGAUAUUUUAACAGGGAUAUAUUUCUAACGUCAUUUUGUACAGUAAAGGAUAUUUUGAUGUCUAUUAAAUAAGUAUUCAUGUCACUUUGAUAUAAACCAUUA